AUGAGUGUGAGCGAUUUCGAAGGGUUCGUCAGGAACAUGCAGAGCUUAUAUCGAGGACUCGCCGAAGAUGAAGAGUUUCUGAACCGCCUUCGUACCUUUCAAUUUGAUGUUGCUGUGCACGAAAUUUACGAACCGUACCAAGUCGGCAUUUUUGAGUUGAUUGGCGUGAAGAAAACUGUGGCCGUGUCCGCGUACGGAAUAACGCCAUACGUUCGACAAGUCAGUGGAGUUCCUCUGAAUCCGAGCUACAUCCCAGGACCAUACACGACAUACAGCGACGAGAUGACAUUCUGGGAACGUCUGGAUAACUUUAAGCUCAAAAUUGAACUUGAGUAUCGGUCUCUCAAUUGGGAACGAGAAACGUUGUCGAUUUUCCAAAAGGUGCAUCCUGGUUUCCCGAAUUUUCGGGACCUUCUCAAGAAGGUUGGAGCUGUCCUGCUGAACGUGAAUGAGUUCCUGGAGACACCUCGUCCUACUGCUAACAUCGUUCGAUACGUGGCAGGACUGUCCAUACGUGAACCGAAGCCGCUAGAUGAAGUGCCGUACUGCCUUCAGUAA